CGUUGGCCACGCUCUCUUCCCGCCUGGCUCCGGACUUCAUCUUGUCUCUGCUGUUCUUUCCCGUCACCCUCUUUCUCGACCAUAUUCAUGAAUUGACGAUUCCAGACGUCUUCCAUCAUCUGUAGUAGUCCCUUCUCUCGUAACACUACCGUCGCUCGCUUUGGACAAAAUCUAUCAUCAUUCGCUCGCAUUUUUGCAUUAAUCUCGCCCGGCUCUUUGGCGAACUCUGAACUACUGUCGUUUUAAUACUGCAUUUGACUUUUGUUUUCUUCCCUGGCGUGCACCCGCAGCAACAUCGUCUCGAGAAGGGGGCCCGACCACCCAACGACCGACCUGACCAGCCGUGACAUCCAACGGCUUCCUUUACCUCCGGGCCGUAUCACGAUUAAUCAUCUGGAAUCGAUCACAUCCCAUCUCCUUAGGUCAAGUCGAUUAAGCCUCGUUUUUCAUCCUCGCAUCAUCAUAUUUCAUCUCUUCGACCACCAAGAUGAGGAGCCCACAGCAAUUCUUGACUAUUGCCCUCGCCUUAUCACCCCUCACAGCAGCAUGGUCCCAGUGGCUGCCUGAUCUAGACUCGUUAGUGGUACGACAGGAUGAUGGAUCCUCCACUCAGGAGAAUCAACCUACAAAAACACCAGCACCAGAAAAGUCUGCUACCGACGAUACAGCCAAAGAAACUGGCACUUCCAAGCCCAGCGACGAGGAUGAUGACAAUAAUGAUGAUGAUGACUCUACCAGCAAGGUGACGAGGUCCGCUACUGGCACCAGUAAAACCACAAAAACAUCAGCCCCAAAACACACGACGUUCAAUGCGUUAGACCCACCUGGUGGUGUGGCCAUGAUCGACCCGCCAAUAACAGCUGCUCAAACAUUGUACCGCAUCGAUAACACGGAUCCCAUCACAUGGAAAUGGAACUAUACAUCCCUCCAGGGGAAGCCAUCCGCUGUCGAUGUUUUGAUCUCAUGCUCCAAGGCGACAGCAACGUGGACCUUAACACAGAACAUGACCUUUGAGCCCACAGCUACCUUCACUUGGGACUCGAACGCGUUCCAGCAAAAACAGGUCGGAAGCCAGCUUCCUGUCGAGCAAUAUACGCUCCUUGUAUACGACUCAGAGGGAUCUUUCACUGACACGCCCGAGCCCGGAUAUCUCGCCCCAUUUUCUGGCUUCCAGUUCGGUCUGUACACGCCUAAACCGUACAGCAAUCUUACCGAAUGGCGGUGCACCACUUGCAGCGCCGCAACCCCUCUCGAGCGCCAGGCCCUUGGCUUCGUUGUCACCAUGAGCCUGGUCACCAUCUUCAGUUUCACGUGGUACGUGACAGGAAUUGCAGCACUGGUAUAAUCUUAACCAGAUAAAGAAAUGAUCACUUUGGUCUACCAGUCUUAAUCUAGAUCAGAGUGUGUGCAAUCCAUCUCGUCCUAGGGACAACAUUUAAUAGCAACAUCAGACUGGCAGAUAAAUAAUCAAUCGCAUCGUGUCGUUGUCAUCGUAUACACAUAUAUCACGUUAACUUAGUAAUAAUCAUUUGCGGGGGAAUCGGAGAAAUGGAGCAAUUCAUAUACUGGAACGAGGGACGGGCGUUUUUUAUGCUGUUACUCUUUAUAACUGUAUCUAUUUUGGACAUUGAGGACACCUACCUAGUACUGACUGACGC